AUGACCAUUUUAUCCUGACGGGGACUGACUGAUGUCUUUACCAUUUCCCACUACUCUAUCGCAAGAGCCUUUCGGAAGCACCUGCAUCAACGCGCAAAGGAAGGAGCCCGUUGUUUUCUACCGCGGACAUAUGAACUCAGGACAUUACGCUUUGGAUAAAGGCUGCCCGUAGCCAUGCAACGGCACCUCACAUCAAAGAUUCUGUGGGGAAGAAGAUGCUGCUUUGAAACUGGAGCAUUGUUAACCGUGAUGUAGAGGUUCCUUCCGGCUAAAUCGGGUUGGAUUAUGUAUCCCGCGAUAGGCUUGCUGGCGAGUUUACGUUGCACUGUGAUUUGAACCUCAGUUUUCCAUGCCUCUGUGUUUUUGCCUUUGUCAAUAUGUCCCCAGCAUCGGCUGCCACGGCCAGUGAGAGCAGCACCACUACGGUUCCAGAGGAGGACACAGAGGAAAGCCCCCGCGAGGAGCAGCGGCCCCUGAAGCAGUCACUCAGUAAAUCCCUGUGCAGGGAGAGCCACUGGAAAUGCCUGAUCCUGUCCCUGCUCAUGUACGGCUGCGUGGGGGCCAUGACCUGGUGCCACGUGACCAAGGUGACGCGCCUCUCUUUCGACAGUGCCUACAAGGUCAAGUCCAUGAUGUACCACGAAAGCCCCUGCUCCAACGGUUACAUCUACAUCCCUGUGGCCUUCAUGGUCAUGCUCUACGUGGUCUACCUGGUGGAGUGCUGGCACUGCCACACCCACAACCAGCUACAGCACAAGGUGAACGUGGAGAGUGUGGGAGAGCGUGUCGGGCGCAUGCAGCAGGCCACGCCCUGCAUCUGGUGGAAGGCCAUCAGCUACCACUAUGUGCGGCGGACACGACAGGUAACACGCUACCGUAACGGAGACGCAUACACCACCACGCAGGUGUACCACGAGCGCGUCAACACGCAUGUGGCCGAGGCGGAGUUCGACUACAGCAACUGUGGUGUGAAGGACAUAUCCAAGCAGCUGCAGGGCCUAGACUGCUUCCCUGUCACAAAGCUGAGGUUCACCAAGUGCUUUAGCUUCGCCAACGUGGAGUCGGAGAACGCCUACCUGACUCAGCGGGCCCGCUUCUUCACUGAGAAUGAGGGCCUGGACGACUACAUGGAGGCCCGCGAGGGAAUGCACCUGAAGAAUGUAGACUUUAAGGAGUACAUGAUUGCCUUCUCGGAUCCGGACCACCUGCCUUGGUACGUGUCCAACUACGUGUUCUGGACAGCCGCCGCUUUCACCUUCUCCUGGCCGCUGCGCGCGCUAACCGAGUACCGCACGGCCUACGUCCAUUACCACGUGGAGAAGUUGUUCGGCUUCGAUUAUGUCCCUGUCACACCAUCUGAGGAGCGACCAUACUGCCGCCACAUCCCUCGGGUCAACACCAUCGACAGCACCGAGUUGGAGUGGCACAUCCGCUCCAACCAGCAGCUGGUGCCCAGCUAUUCAGAGGCUGUACUCAUGGACCUGGCUCAGCUCUCGUCAGGUGGCGGCGGCAAUGCCAACACCUACUCAGUGUGCGGCGGCUACGGCAGCUAUCGGCAUAACUGCGAGCGCUGCCACCGCACAAUCAGCAGCUCGUCCAUCUUCUCGCGCAGCGCCCUGAGCAUCUGCACUGGGACUAGCCCGCGCAUCCCCUUCAGCGGCAGCCGCUUCUCGCUAUCGCGGCUGUACGGAUCACGGCGCAGCUGCCUGUGGCGGAGCAGCGGCAGCCUCAACGAGACAUCGUGCCCCACAGAGAGCACGCGCUGCCUGACACCGUCGGGCCAGCUGACUAGCGAGGAGAAUCCGCCGGACUACCAGGACGCGCUCUACUUCCCUGUGCUCAUCGUGCACCGCAACGAGGGCUGCCUGAACCACUCGCUGCACAGGAAUGGAUCCUGCGUGGAGACCUUUAUAUGACGCAGCACUGGGCCUCCCAGUCCAGACCUGAACAAGGAAUGUAAUGUUACUGUCCUUUCUCUGGGAGGACACUGACUGGAUAAUGAACCUUCCUUUUGGAUCUUUUUUUCCUCUCCAUUAGACCACAUGACACACCAGUGGCAUUCCGGAACCCUUCCAGACCUCUUCCAACACUGUUUAUCAAAGACAGUACUGAGUUAAAUGCACACUUUGCAGCCCAGCUCAUCUCACAUGAGAUGCCCUCCAGUGAUAUGUUCAUCAUAGUAAGUAAUAGACUAUGUAACUAUCUCAAAGCAUGUAUGAAAAAAACACAUUCAUAGGCAAAAUCAGACAGUCUGCGACAAAUGGACAUAAUGAUCUGAGAAUGAUAUUUGGAACGGACAUAUGUUGCGCGGAAUGCACACCACCACCAUUCUGGACCAAUCACAAUGCUCUGUUCAUAUCAGUUUGUGUUUCCUUAACCAAAGUGUCAUGUUAGCUUCCACACUAUCUAUAAAUAGAGAACAUGAAAAAGCAAAGUACACUAACAGACAUUUGGCCAGAGAAUAAACUCCACCUUAAAUCGUAGUGCAUUUUGCUGUUGUCAUAACCAGGUAGAAAAGAACUUCAAUUGGAACAUCUGUUUUCAAAGUUGGAUAAAAUGUGUUAUUUUGUAAGAGUCUUAGAAAGGAUGUCUUGUGACUGAAAAUCCCCAACACAGCUCAAUACAGCUCAAGACAGCUCAAUGGUAGAGGCCUCCAACACAGCUCGACUAGAGGCCUUCAUUGGAGAUGACUCAUAAGUGGGGCAUGAGUUUAAGGAACAUAAACAUGAUUUAUUCAAGCCUUAGAGAGCAAUUUGGAGAUGGGAAGGAAAACCAUGAUGCCACAUUAAAUAAUUGAGAGCAAGAAA